GAAACGGAAGCAGUGCAAGGCAUUGGGUAUGUUAUGUUCAUCCAACAAAAUGCACAACCCACUUUCUGAGGCUCUGAUUUCCGUGAAAUACUAUCCAAUCCCUUCUCCUUUCUCUUCUCUUCUCUAUUCACGCAUCAUCAUUCUUGUCUAUUCCUACCAAAUAAAACAAUUACCAACUCACACUCAUUCCGCACUACCCUUCAAACUCUAACUCAAUUUCCCAUGAUUCGGUGCCGAAUUUUUCUGAUAAAACCUCAUCGAAUUAUUCUCUGACUUUGCUUAUUUGCGUCAAAGAAACGCAGCGUGAGUUUCAGUUUGGUGAUUAAAAAAGAAAAAGCGUUUUAUCUUUUGGCCUUUUGGAUUACGUUGCAAAUUCUAUAGUAUAAUGGCGGGUGGGUUGGUGAAGGGUGGCGUUUCAAAGUUAAUUGCUUUUUGGUAGGUAGGUCCAGUGGUUGACGUUUUCUUCUUGAACAAGGUCAUACACUUCAUUGGGUCUUCACUGUUCACUGCAAUUCCAAUUUCGAGCUUCCUUUGCGGGUGUUUGUGUGAGAGAAAGAGAAAAAAAAAAAAAAAAACUGAGAGAGGGAGAUGGCUGGAAAUCUGGCAAGGAGGGCUUUGGGAACCGAUAUGCCGGUGAUGGUUCAGAUGCAGGAAUUGCUCCGUGGAGCUCAGAAUUGCGUGUCUUUGGCCCAGGGGGUAGUUUAUUGGCAACCUCCAAGGCAAGCAUUGGAUAAGGUGAAAGAACUAGUGUGGGAGCCUUCUAUUAGUCGUUAUGGUGCUGAUGAAGGUCUUCCUGAACUGAGAAAUGCAUUAGUACAAAAGUUGCGUAUUGAGAAUAAUUUGCAAAAAUCCUCAGUAAUGGUUACAGCAGGUGCCAAUCAGGCAUUCGUGAAUCUAGUUCUUACUCUGUGUGAUGUGGGGGAUUUCGUGGUUAUGUUUGCUCCUUACUACUUCAAUUCAUACAUGUCCUUCCAGAUGACUGGCAUUACCGAUAUUGUAUUGGGUCCUGGUAACCCAGAAACACUUUAUCCAGAUGCAGAUUGGUUGGAAAGAAUAUUAUCAGAGAGUAAACCUGUCCCAAAGCUUGUUACUGUUGUAAAUCCAGGCAAUCCAAGUGGAACCUACAUACCAGAGUCUCUACUAAAGAGGAUUUCAGAUCUCUGCAAGAAUGCUGGCUCUUGGCUUGUUGUUGACAAUACAUAUGAGUAUUUUAUGUAUGAUGGCCUGAAACACUCUUGUGUGGAGGGAGAUCACGUUGUUAACAUUUUCUCUUUCUCAAAAGCAUAUGGAAUGAUGGGGUGGCGAAUUGGAUAUAUAGCAUACCCAUCUGAAGUAGAAGGACUAGCUACCCAACUUCUCAAAGUUCAAGACAAUAUUCCAAUCUGUGCUUCAAUAAUAUCACAACACCUUGCCCUCUACUCCUUAGAAAUGGGACCUGAGUGGGUUAGAGAACGAGUAAAAACUCUUGUCAGGAAUAGACAAAUUGUUUUAGAAGCUCUUUCCCCUCUUGGAGAGGGUUCUGUGAAGGGAGGAGAAGGUGCUAUAUAUUUGUGGGCAAAGCUCCCAGAUGGGCGUGGUUUUGAUGAUUUCGAAGUUGUUCGCUGGCUAGCUAAUAGGCACGGGGUUGCUGUAAUCCCAGGAAGUGCAUGUGGUUCUUCUGGGAAUCUUAGAAUUUCAUUUGGAGGCUUGACAGAGGAUGAUUGCAAAGAAGCAGCAGAAAAGCUGAAGAAAGGCUUGGAAGAAUUGGUUACAAAAGGGUUGGUGCAGGAUCACUAACUUCUACUUCAUCUCUUCCCUAAGUGGGAAGAAAAAGAUAGUCCAAUUGCCAGUUGCAACUGGUGCAUUUCAAUAAAUUUAGGAUUUACCUUCACCCUUGUUUAGUUGGAGGGUGGCAAGGUUAUAUUACUUUCAUUUUCAUCAUUCAAAAAAGUGGAUAGAUGCAUAUACUUUUUACAUCCAUUGAUUUCUUAAUGUUUUCUG